GAUUCCUAAUGUAUUAUUCAUGACAAUGAAUUGUUCAAAAUAUAGAUUAUCAGAGGAGGCCUGUACUGUAUUAAUAUUCGCGAAAGAAUUCUCAUGUUUUCCAAUUGUGAUGGAUAGCCAAAAUUGGACCGCUAGCUGCACGGCGAAUUUUAAUCGAGGGCUCUGAUUGGCUGAAAAGUUCAGCGUUCGGCGAACGGCAUGGAGAAUGGUUAAGAGAGCGGCUAGAGGGACGUCGAACGGUUCGGAGAACUUCGCGGCUGUCGUUUAACAGCUGAGUUUAAAAACUAUGAAACAUAAUAUGGCUAAUGUUCGCUGCAGGGCGGAUUGUACGAUUCGCUACGCUGUUCGAGCUUCGGUUCGGCAUGUGUGGAAAUACCUUUAUAUCCAUUUGAGCCCAGAUCCUCUGCUAGAAGCUAAGCAUGUGCUACGAGAAGCAAUAUUUCAGCGGGCCGAACGUGAAUCAACACAGCUGAAAAGGAUUUUUGACGAGGAGUGCAAUAAAGUUUCCAGUGAAGUAGCCCAAAGUUUGGCCUUUGGAACAAUCGAAUCAUCGAUGCGGAAAUGUAGAAAAUUGAAUUUUCCGAGACUUCCAACUUCUGCCAUAGAUUUUGCUGAUAUGUUGAAGGCAGAGGAGUGGGCUAGAUUCUCAGAAACCCUAGAUGGGAAAAAAUUUUUCAUCGACAACAUUGUAGUUGGAGGAUGGAGCAACUUGGUAUUUGUCUCCGAAAAUACCAAACACCUCCUAUCAACGGCUGAAGAACUUUUUUUUGAUGGCACUUUUAAAACAGUGCCGUCAGUUCCAGGUCUUGCACAGCUGUUCAUCGUAAAUGCUGUAGCAUUCGACCAUGUAAGUACACGCUAUCAAGACUUCAACUUUGGCCCGUUUUUAACCCUCAUAGCGCCCUGGGAAAACUUAAUAGGUGCGCCCCCCUCUCAUUAAGUUUGGUUUCAGACCCUAGAAAGACAACAGGGGUCACGCGUAUAUUUACUGUUGUUACCUUGACUGCAGUAAACUUGUAGAUCUGGGAUUUCUUGUAUUCUCUAACUAGCCCAUCAACUUCCUACACACGUGAUUUACAAGAUUUAAGUCGGUCAGAAGUGGGUGAAAAAAAACCAACCCCUGUUGUCUUCAGUGUAUAGUUGAUUUAUUUAAGCUUCGCUCAAAAAUUUUGCUUAUUUUCGAACAUCAUUGAUGUAGACGAUCCGAAUUAUAAAUCCAUAGUUAUAAAUAUGCUCAAAGUCGAUGAUAAUAUUAGUAAAAAUUGUUUAAAAGUAU